CUUGAGCAGUCUUGUACAUUCCACUCAUCUUUAUUUGUCGAUUCGCUUUGAAGAGAUCGUUUUGCCAGAGCAUUCUACUCUUGACUGUUGCUCGUCUUUUGGCAACUCGCUAUCUUUGGCAUCAGAGAUCUUUGCUGCAGCAGUACACCUCGUUGAGACUACGCACAGUCUGCGCGGUUGACUCGUCAUCAGAGAUCCUUAUUGACACACUAGCACAGUAUACCUUCUGAACUUGACAAGAUGAUCAAGGAACUUCUGCGUUGGGAGGACAGUCCUGGUCUUGGUAAGCCGAGCCUUUGCGAUGAUUUUGUGUGUGGCAGUUACUGAUCAUUUGCAGAGCAUCACUGUCCCAAAUGUCAGACCCCACUCAACAAUCCCAGAGCUAAACACACUUGCUACUUCAAGCAUGUCGAGAUCUGUCCGCUGUUCCAUCAGCACUUCUUCAUGAUUGGUGAGUCGUUGUUUUCUCUGCUCGCACUCACUCGGAGCUACAUCUUCUUUCCUCUUUUGAGUUCCAAGAUCUUCCACGAGCAGUGGGCCGCGAUGGAGAAUCGCAAGGCUAACCUUUUGCUCACAGGCCAGGCUCACAACUGUGAUACCUGCCGCCGAAACAACAGUGCACACGAUCAGCGUCACAGACAGAUAGCCAUGCUACUUCGUCAACUGACCCAACUUCAGCAAGAAAACGGUAUCGAGCCCGGCAACUACCCAACUUCCCCCUUCUCGUCCACUUUGUCGCCCACUGGAGAAAGAGGCUCCGUUUCCGGGCCCGCCGACACCGACCCAGAAACCACUCCAAAGCUCAAGAAGCGCGAGCGCAAAAAGGCAAAGAAGCGCAUCAAAGCCCUCAGAGGUGGAGAUGCCCUCACAACAGCUGAAGUGGCCGCUAUAGCCACAGCUCUACACCCUGCGCCCCGCAACGACAGUGUGAUCUCUACCUCGUCAACCUCGACCUCCACCACAGAACUCAGCAACCAGAGUACCGUCGAUGAAGACUCUGCCACCACACCCUCCACCCCAACCUCCCCCACAUCUCCAAUCUCCAAAAACCCAUCCUUCACCACCCUCAUGAAUGUCAAUAAAUCCUUCCACCCAGACGUGGACGGAAAACUAAAUUCCACACGCAUGGCCCUGCAGACACAACUUCUCUCCGUACUGCACGAAAACUCCUUACCCCUGGAUGCGAGUGUGGAGAAUGCGCUUCGUGCACUUGGAAUCUCCGAGUCUGAUCACAAGACCCCAAAGCCUGUUGCUGAGUGUGUUGCAAAGAUCAAGGAGGCGGUUAGGGAGGAUAUCUUUUGUGCCGAGUGUGAUGAGAAGAAGUUUCGCUUGAGGGAGGCGGCCUGGUAUCGGUUUGUUAAUAGGAGCGUGUUGGCGUUGAGGGAGGGGGAGUGAGUGGUGCGGUUUUGUUCGCUGCAGAGGUGGUCUUUGGUCAGAUGGUUACUGGUCUGAGGAAGCCUGCUUUGUGGAUGGCUCGGCUCGGCUUGGCUUGGCUCUUCGUUUCCUGUCUUUGGUUCGAUUUGGUUUGUUCUUUCGCUGGGCUUGGUGCCCUUCUUUUUUUUUUGUUUCGUUUCGUUUGGGCUUUUGGAGUCGACGCUCCUCCUUGGGUUCGUUGAUGGUCGACCAGUCGUUCUGACAACAGGUCGGUCUCGACUUGCAUUUGAUAGUCGGCCUGUCGCUCCUGCCCAGUAUUGCAGUGGAGCACUUCGGAGCUUUGCAUUAGCAUUUUCGACGUGGUCG